AUGGAUAGUGAUGAUGAAUAUGAUGAGUAUUAUCAGAGACGCAAGAAAGUAAUAAUAUUUGCGGCCACUGCAGUUGUUAUAGCAGUGGAACAGUAUAAGAAAUUAUUUCUAUGUAAACAACCUUAUCGUAAUGAGACUCGAUGUGGCUCCGUUGAGACACAACGAAUCAUUGGACAUACUGCAUAUAAUUCACGAAUAUUAGAUGAUGCCAUUCACAGAGAAGGUGAGGCAAAACUACCAGUUCCUAGAGGUAAAUUCUAUCUUGUAGAUGCAGGGUUUGCAAACCAGAAGGGGUUCUUAAGACCCUACCAUAACGUUCGAUAUCACUUGAAAGAGUGGAGAAAUUCGAAUGUUUCACCUGCCGACAAGAAAGAAUUGUUUAACUUGCGUCAUUCAAGAUUACGUAACAUAAUUGAGCGAGCUUUCGGAUUGUUGAAGUCAAGAUUCAAGAUUUUGAAAAGCCAACCAGAGUAUUCUUUCAAGACUCAGGCUAGGAUUGUACAAGCUUGUGUUAUGAUACGCAAUCAUAUCCUUACCCAAAAUAGUGUUCAAGAAGAAGAGGAAUGGCUUGAACAGGAGAAUGCAGUUACAUGUGAGAAUACUAAUGAAGAAGCAGAAGACAAUGAUGAAAAUAGUGAUGAGGAUUCUAACAUUGAUGAUGAAGAUGAUAACUUUGAUCAAGAUCAAUUCCGAGAGGAGAUGGCUGAUUAUAUGUGGAAUGAUUGGAUGGUAAGAGAUGAUUCAGAUGAAGAAAUGCAUGAUUCUUCAUAUGAAUCACAAUAA